GUGAACAGACCCAAAAUAUAUCAACCAUAUUUCAAUCAAAAAAAGUAUAAAAAGAUUUCAGAGCCAUGAAUUGCGUAUCCCUUAAGCGUUCAUUACCAUUGGAGGACGAUCAGCAGGAUACUUUUUCCGCAAAACGAAGACGCCAGGAGAGGAAAUCAACAAAAUUACCAUCCCUUAAGCGCCGCCUAUAUUUCGAGGACGAUUCGACUAUAUUUUUUCAGGCAAAACGAAAAUACAAUCCAAAAGAUACACCCAAAAAGGACAAGCAUUCAAUGGUUCCAGAAGAUUUUUUAAAAGGUUUACCCGUACUGCUGGAUACCGAUUCAAGUGAUUCGGAAGUUGAUUUCCAGUUAUCGCAGAUCCAUACAACAAAGAAGAUCAUUAAAGAUAAUACAAAUCUAUUUAGCUUUCAACAAUUGCAUUCCAUUUGCGCCGGAAUGAUGAAGCAAUGUGAAGACAGAGUUCGGGAGGAAUAUGAAGUGGCUUUGACCCAGAAAAUGGCAGAGCAAUAUGAUACAUUUAUCAAGUUCACUCACGAUCAAAUGCAGCGAGAAAGUGGAAUAAGUACCAGUUAUUUGACGUGAUUGUCUAAAAAUGUUGAUAGAUUUUUAAGUU